GGGAGGAGGAGGAGGAUGGUAAGAACGAGGAGCAGAGGAGGCGCGCCAUACAGGGAGUGGUGGACAUCACAAAGCUCUGCCUGAUGGAGAUGAACCAGGAGGAACUGGCCGACACACUGUGGGGCGGAUCUGCUGCUGUUCAGUGCCAAGAUAAAAUCAAGUCUCAUUUGAAGAAAAAGUUAAAGUGUGUGUCUGAGGGAAUCCCUAAAGCAGGAACUCAAACGGGUCUGAAUGACUUCUACACAGAGCUCUUCAUCACAGAGAGAGGCAGUGGAGAGGUCAACAAAGAACAUGAGGUCAGACUGAUUGAAACAGCUUCAAGGACACCAACCAAGGAAGAAACACCGAUCAAAUGUGAAGACAUCUUUAAACCCUUACCUGGACGAGAUCAACCAAUCAGAACAAUAAUGACCACUGGAGUGGCUGGCAUUGGUAAAACCAUCGUAACACAAAAGUUCACUCUAGACUGGGCUGAAGGCAAAGCCAACCACGACAUACACUUCACAUUUCUCUUAACUUUCAGAGAGCUGAAUUUACUGAAAGAGAGAGAGUUUAGCUUGGUGGAACUUCUUCAUCACUUCUUUAUUGUGAUCAAAGAAGCAGGACUCUGCAGAUAUGAACGGUUCAAAGUUCUCUUCAUCUUGGAUGGUCUGGAUGAGUGUCGACUUCCUCUGGACUUCCAGAACAACCAGACCUGGACUGAUGUCAAAGAGCCGUCCUCUGUGGACGUGCUGCUGACAAACCUCAUCAGGGGCGACCUGCUUCCCUCCGCUCGCAUCUGGAUAACCACACGCCCUGCGGCAGCCAAUCGGAUCCCUGCUGAGUGUGUUGACAGGGUGACAGAGGUGAGGGGGUUCACCGACCCACAGAAGGAGGAGUACUUCAGGAAGAGAUUCAGAGAGCAGACGCUGGCCAACACAAUCAUCUCCCACGUCAGGAAAUCACGAAGCCUCCACAUCAUGUGUCACAUCCCAGUCUUCUGUUGGAUCACUGCUACAGUUCUGGAGGACAUCUUAAAAAAAUCCCAGAUAGAAGAGAUGCCCAAGACCGUGACUCAGAUGUACAGCUACUUCCUUUGGGUUCAGUCGAUACAGGGGGACAGGAAGUAUCAUGGGAGAGCUGAAACGGAUCCAUACUGGGGUCCAGAGAGCAGGAAGAUUAUUGUUUCUUUGGGAAAACUGGCUUUUAACCAGCUGGAGAAAGGCCACCUGAUCUUCUACGAGGCAGACCUGGCAGAGUGUCACAUCGAUAUCAAAGCAGCCUCAGUGUACUCAGGAGUGUUCACCAAGAUCUUUAAAGAGGAGUGUGGGCUGUACCAGGACAAGGUGUUCUGCUUUGUCCAUCUGAGCCUCCAGGAGUUUCUGGCUGCCCUUCAUGUCUUUCUGACCUUCAUCAACGAUGGUGUCAAUCUGCUCUCAGAAGAACCACCCACCUCUGGGGAAGAUAAACUCUUCCUCCUCUACCAGAAUGCUGUGGACAAGGCCUUACAGAGUGAGAACGGACAACUGGACUUGUUCCUCCGCUUCCUCCUGGGCCUCUCUCUGGAGACCAAUCAGAUUGUCCUACGAGGUCUGCUGGGACAGAAAAAAAGAUCACUGACCACUCAGAUUAAAACUGGUCUGCUGCGACUGACAGGAACUAGCUCAGUGACCAAUACAAAAACAGUGUCUUACAUCAAGGAGAAGAUAGAUGGAGAUCUCUCUCCAGAGAGAAGCAUCAACCUGUUCCACUGUCUGAAUGAGCUCAACGACCGUUCUCUAGUGAAGGAGAUCGAACAGUACCUGACAUCAGGAAGUCUCUCCAGAGACUAUCUCUCUCCUGCUCAACUGUCAGCUCUGGCCUUCAUCCUACUGACAUCAGAAGAGGAGCUGGACGUGUUUGACCUGAAGAAAUACUCUGCUUCAGAGAAGGGUCUUCUGAGGCUGCUGCCAGUGGUCAAAGCCUCUAAAACGUCUCUGUAGGUUCACUAUAAACAUGUAUCACAAUACUCCCAACACAUUAUACCUUAUAGUAGAAUAUAAAAGUUAUGAUGACAUA